GACCCUUAGAUCUGGGCCAGUCUAAAGAGGACAAAGUGGGAGGAACAUUCCCACACAAGGCUACCAUCACUGCAAAAAUCACCAAGUUCCCAAGGCACCCAUCCAGUCCAGCCCCAGUUUGGAAGGUGCAAAGCAGCAACUCAAGGAAUAUGCCUCCACUGUGCGGAGGGCAGUACAAUCUGGAAGCGUCAACCUGAAGGAUAGACUUACUAUCGAAUUACACCAGCCCAGAGUGGGAAGAGACAUCAGGGCUUCUCUGGGGAUCAUGCAGACUUGCUGAGAAGGGUGCACUGGUGGAAAUGUGCCCGGCAUCAAACCAAGAACUGGUUUCCCAUUGGGAGACCCAGAGGAGAAGUUCAUCUUAGUGAAGUAGAUGAAAGCUGCACACACCCCAACUGGACAAGCUUCACAUCUUGUGAGAACCUGCUUGGCCAACAACCUCAAUAAAGAGGCGGAUGGGCGUCAUGGGAUUGUCCGUGUAGAUCGCGUCCCCUUAGCUGCCAAGCUGGUGGACCUGCCCUGCAUCACCGAGAGCUUAAAAACCAUAGAUAAGAAAACAUUCUAUAAGACAGCGGAUAUUUGUCAGAUGCUCGUGUGUACUGUGGACGGUGAUCUCUACCCCCCUCUGGAAGAGCCAACUGUGAGUACUGACCCCAAGGCAAACAAGAAAAAGGACAAGGACAGAGAGAAGAAAUUCAUCUGGAACCAUGGCAUUACUCUUCCACUGAAGAAUGUAAGGAAGAGGCGGUUCAGGAAAACAGCUAAGAAGAAGGCCCAGUACAUUGAGUCUCCAGACGUGGAAAAGGAGGUGAAGCGUCUGCUGAGUACAGAUGCUGAAGCUGUCAGUGUCCGCUGGGAGGUCAUUGCUGAAGAUGAAACAAAGGAAGCAGACAACCAUGGUUCACUCACCGGCUUGGACAUCUCCUCUCCUGGGAUGUCUGGCCACAAGCAGGGCCAUGGCUCAUCGGAACAUGAUGAACUGCGGGAGAUAUUUAAUGACAUCAGCAGCAGCAGUGAAGAUGAAGAUGAGAGAGAUCAUCAUGACGAUGAAGAUUUGAACAUCAUGGACACAGAAGAAGACUUGGAGAGGCAACUGCAGGACAAACUGAAUGAAUCUGAUGGGCAGCAGCAGGAGAACGAGGGAACAAACCAGAUAGCCAUGGGGAUCCAAAAGCAGAUUGACAACCUGAAGGGUAAACUCCAGGAGACCCAGGAACGGAGAAAGCGCCAGGAAGAUCUCAUCAUGAAAGUAGAGAAUCUAGCCCUCAAGACCCGUCUCCAGGCUGUGCUGGAUGAAUUCAAACAGCAGGAAGACCGAGAGAAGCAGCAGCUCACCUCUCUGCAAGAACAACUGGAAUCCCUUAUGGAGAAGUGAGGAGGGCUUUUGAUCAGGGUGGGAGCUAUACCCUCCAAGCAGGCAUAGUGCUGAGAUGGACGCUUCACCCACGGGUUCUGGAGCCAUCCUCUGUGUUGAAGACCUGACGUUACUGGCAUGACCUCACUGCUGAUAAGCCUACUCCUGUUAAUGUUGGCACUCUGUAUUCUCCUGGACACUGUUUCUAGAGCUGCUGGCUGAUAUUCCUUGUGCUGGACAGUGCAGCCCAAACCAUUAACCUUUGAAGAAAGAAAGGCACUAACCUGCAGUUGGUUCUCUGAGAGCAGCAGAAACACAUGGCUAGUGGUUUAGCUGCACUGCUGGGGGAGAUCGUUCCUUGACUAGUUUGACCCAUCUUUCUCUCAGUGGAAAUCAUUCAUACCUUAGAACGCUCCUUCAAAGGCACUUUGCUUCCCGACAGGCUAAUCCACAGCACUGUUGCUCUGGGUCACCUUAGCUCAUGGUGCCAGAAAGCUGUGCUGAGCAAAGGGCAGGAAUUAACCCCCCAUGCACUGCGCAGGCCUGGAGGAGCAGAGCCAGGUCAGUGCAUCACCUGGUUGUUGCUAUCAUCUGAGCCUGCAAAGCAGCAUUCCCUGAGCGGGGCAUGUGCUUCCUUAACAGACUUUCUGAUGGGUCUGCAGUGUUGGGAGUUUGUGCCCAUGCUUGGGGAACAUCUGCAUGAACAAAACUGGAAUGAAUAAAGUGUAUGUGUUUCCAA